AUGUACAUGAAAUGCUUUGAUACAGUAAUGUUUUACUAUGUUAUUUUAGUGAUUUUAGUGAAUGUCACUUUUUGUCAUUUUCAAAUUUCCCGCCGUUCCGUCCCCCGUACGUCCCGACGCUCGCAGAGGGACGGAACCCAGAUGACAGAUGCCAGCAUCCCCCGGAUUACACUGCAGGAGGGACAUCGCGGGAGCGCAGGACAAGGUAAGUGAUCGAGGGAUCGUGGAGCAGCGCCGCAUGGUAAGCCCGAGUGUAGCUCGGGGUUACCGCUUGUGCUACACUCGGGAAUACCGCCAGGGAGGUUA